AUGAGGAGCUGGUGACAGAAGACCCCUCACCUGCCACCCCUGAGCUUGUGUUACCACCACCCGAGGCCAGCGGCGAGGACAUCAUCCCUGUGUACUGCUCCCUCCUGGCCGCUGUGGUGGUGGGACUCCUGGCCUACGUGGCCUUCAAGAGAUGCCCCGAGGGGGAGAAGCUGCACAGCGACAGCGGGGUCUUCCUCGACACCCACAGCCUGCAGGAGCCCCACCAGCCCAGCAAGG